UUUCUGUUGACGCGGCCGCGUGUUUUUCGCGAGUGAAAAAGCGUUUAACCGGCGACUCUCGUCUUAAAAAACAAUUUCGAAGUCUGCUCACUUUUCGGUACUUUGUCCCUACGUGGGGAUCUUCGCUCAAGGAAUCGUCCUCGUCUUGUCAACACGCGGCCGUCGUGAUGGCGGUGGCAGUGUUGUGACUUUUUAGCUGUCACUUUCAGCCGAAUUAAACUCCUAAGUGCGGAAUUAUGCUGCUAAAAAAACUACCCUGUUUUGAUCGUUUUGUUCAUAAUUUCCGAACCUAACCUCAAAAUCCAACACGAAGGAGGGUUAAAUACAACUUGUCUCUGGCCCAAAACUAAUUUUUUAUGUUUUCGGAGUAAAAAAAAACGUGCAUGGUUGUUGUUUUAGAGUCGCAGGUGGCAUCCAGAGACCAAAAUUGUGAGAAAAUUGUUGAGAGGGGGUCGAAAGCUUUCUUUGAGGUGGAAAACGGGAUAGGGCAAAGCAAAAACAGUGUCCAAGGAAUAAUUUUUGCGGUGUUUUUCAUUUAAAUUCAAGGGAAUGUUGCGGUUGUCUUAUCGUGUUGUUCUUUGCGAUUCUGUGGAAUUAAAUGCUGCGCCCUGAAAGAGGAGCGCCGCCUCCGCCCCAGAAAAGCUCGUCUGGCCGGUUCACGCCCUUUGGAGAUUUUGGAGUGAGCACAUCCCCUUAUUCGUUAAGGGUUAGCUAACCCUGGCACCGGCAGUGAGUUUUUUGGGUAACAAAAUCGAAAUCAAAAUAAUAGUUAGGAUUUUUAAGUAUCCGUUGACAAAUGUGAUCUACGAUCUUGAAAAUUGUGAGGGGUGGGUGAUGUCUGCUGAGGCCUGAGAAUAAUCGAUUCUUGUCGGGAAAAGUCUAAAUUGCGUGUGAGAGUGUCUUUAGGAAAGUGGAAGAAAAUGUUUAAUUUUAUGAAGAAAGCUGCGGAGAAGGAAGAUAAAGAGAAGAGAAAACGUGAGAAGAAGGAACGAAAAGAUGUGAAAAAAAGGGAUCGUGGCAGUAUGUCUGCGGAGGAGCUUCUCCGUCUCGACGAGGUGCGAAGGUCCUUGAAGAUUCGCGGUCGUAGAAAGGAGAAGGAAAAGUUGCCAAGUGGGAUUACAGCAGACUAUAGCGCCUCAUUUUUUGCCCAGCUGGAUAGGGAUUUACUGAACAGUGCCCAAAAUUCGGCCGGGACAAGUUGGACGAGAACUCCUGAUGGCCUCACCCAGAGUGACUCCUCGGAAGCGUCUCUGACUUCCCUCACGAACGCCAGUGGCAAAAACCUACCACCUUUGCCACCCAAGCCACCGAAACGUGGGAUAUUGAAAGGUCCAAGGCUCAGCAUCACCAGUGUUAACAACCUGGAUGAGGUCACCGUCGUGCCGAAUGGCAAUCAGGAGAAUAAUCAUCAGGAGGCGAGCAACCUCCUGGUCAGGAACACCCUUCAGAAUGAGGUGAUCGCAUAUCAAAAUGUACCUGGGCAACAGCUUCUUGGCUUGAACAAUGAAGGGAGUGAGGAAGAAUCUUCCUAUCCAAGACGAAGUCCUCACCAACAUCUUCUCCAGCAUCAUGGACAUGACAAUAAGCUUCUCCAGGUCGUGACGAGCGCAAGCCCUUCUGCGGAUUCAUUGACGGACACGACCAACUCGAGCUUCGCCACACCGCCCUUCAGCUUGUCGCCCGUAGGAGAAUCUCAGGGGUUCUCGAGGUGGAGGUCGUCGGCCUCUUUCGAGGAGCAAGGCAUCGUCGAGCUGCCUUUGCCAGAAAUCGUGCCUCUUGAAUUACCAGAACCCAGAGUACUGACAAUUCAGAGACAGCCACCUCCCAGGAGCGAUUUUGGAUUUUCUUUGCGACGCGCAGUGAUAGUGGAACGUGGUGCCAAUGGUGUCAUGCAAAUGCGCUCGGUGAUUUUCGCGGAGCCCGGUGCCUUAGUGCAAAAUAUCAACGACACGGGUUUAUUGCCCGGGGAUCGCCUCAUCGAGGUCAAUGGGAUCAACGUCGAUGAUAAGUCCCGAGAAGAGAUCAUCGAUCUCAUCAAGGGGUCUGGUGGCAGUGUCGCGGUCAAGGUACAACCAGUGGCAGAAUUAUCUGAAUUGUCGAGGCGGGGUGGCAGCGACGGGCGACAAGUAAAGCUCGCACCUGCAAAUAUUCGAGGUGGAACUCUUCGACGGUCCGGUAGUCAGCGCUUUCAUCACAACACGGCGCGAACUGAAGAGCACCUAGCCCAGGAACAAGCUUUUCUCGCUUCCGAAAGGAUUUGGUUGCUACAUCGAGGAGGAUUUACUCCAGCGUCAAGAUGUGGUUCUUCAGAUCUAGAUACUGGCAAGCUGAGAGUCCGCUUGAUACCUUCUGGAGAGGAACUUCUCGUCGACGAAGAAGAUGUCGAAAAGGCAAACCCACCUCAGUUCGACAAGGCGGAGGAAUUAUCACAACUACGCUAUUUGAAUGAGUCUUCAGUCCUUCACACUCUGCGACAGAGAUAUGCCAGUAAUCUAAUUCACACAUACGCAGGAGACAACAUGGUCGUCAUCAAUCCUGUAGCUCCUCUCGCUAUUUAUUCUGAAAAAGUCGUCCAAAUGUUUAAAGGGUGCAAAAGUGAAGACAUGCCUCCACACAUUUACGCAAUGGCACAAUCAGCCUACAGAGGCAUGCUUGCCACAAGACGAGACCAUUCGCUUGUUUUCCUUGGACGAAGUGGAUCUGGGAAGACUACUAACUUCAAACACGCUCUGCACUACCUCGUACUCGCCGCCGGGACAGUUAAUAAGAUUCUCACAAUCGAGAAGCUCAACGCCCUCUUCACAGUUCUCGAGGCGUUUGGCAACAGUCGAACCCACAUGAACUCAAACGCUACCAGAUUCACCCAGAUCUUCAGCCUCGACUUUGAUCAGUCGGGACAAGUAGCCUCUGCCUCGCUACAAGUCCUGCUCCUCGAAAAGUCGAGAAUUGGCCGACGAGGAAAUGGCGAUCCGACUUUUCACGCUGUUUACCGGCUUCUUGCUGGGGCGGAAGGCGCUCUGCGAAAGGAGCUCAACUUGACGAAUUUGGUGGCGGAAAAUAAUCCCUUCAUCACGCCUCUUCAGAAGCAUGAGGACAAGCAACGAGCGAUGGUGGAAUUCAAUCGUAUCAUCGCUGCCCUGAAAAUUCUGGGGGUUUCCGAGGCCGACGAGAGGGCCAUUUGGCUCGUUCUGGCCGGGAUUUAUCAUCUGAGCUGUGCAGGCGCUGUCAAGGCUGGCACCAGUUCUCAAAGUCGCUGGCAGUUUGCGAGAGUUGAGUGUGCCGAGAGAGCGGCCACCUUGCUGGGGACUUCGGUGGAAGAGCUGAGCAGAGUUGUCUUUUCUUGUAGUGGUGGAGGAGGCACUCCAAACACUCCUAGGCCUAAUUUAAGAACCCCCAGUCCCACAGAUCAAAGCAAAGAUGUGACGGGACUCGAUGCUCUCGAGGGACUUCUUGUUGGGCUUUAUUCUGAAGUGUUUCACUGCGUCGCUGCUUUGAUCAACAAGUCGAUAUCAUCUCCAGUUCACACAGUGGCUUCUCUUCUGCUUUGUGAUGCCCCAGGAUUUCAAAAUCCAGCAUCGUGUGGUCGACAAACUGGAGCGACUUUCGAAGAUUUGUGUCAUAAUUAUCUGCAGGAACGUUUGCAGCUUCUUUUCCAUCAUACGACUUUAGUUGCUCCCAAAGAUAGAUACGUACAAGAGGGCAUUGAUGUUGAUUAUGAAGAUGAUUGCGAUGAUCAUCUUGGUUCUCCUCAAGGUCUGGUCUCUUUAUUAGACCGGGGAUCUUCCCAAAGUGCAACUAUGCUCAGAACAAGCCAAAGCGAUUUGAGCAGUAGUAGGCAGAUGGAAAGAAAGGGAAUUUUGUGGCUUUUGGACGAGGAAACUGUUUGUCCUGGAGGCAGCGACGAAGCCUUCCUGGAUCGAUUGUUCUCUCAUUAUGGCGAUAGAGACCACCAAAUGCUGUUAAGAAAAGCUCCGGGAAACAAUCAGUUCGUGUUGCAGCACCUGCAAGGUACAAAUCCCGUUUUAUAUACAGCGACAGGUUGGCUAAAAGCUACUCGCGAAAAUCCAGUGGCUCGAAGCGCCAUCACGAUUCUUCAGGAAAGCACAAGGGAAGAAGUUAGCAGACUUUUCGUUUGCGCUAGAGGAGCUGGAGUUUCCGGUGCCUUAAGUGGAUCUGUCCACGGUUUGGAAGGCUCCCAAUCUUUGAGAAGAGCUUCCAGCAUUCGGAGAACUUUUACGGCAGUAAAAAGAAAAAAUAUUUGCUUACAAGUCAAAUUCACUGUCGAUGGUUUGAUCGAAACUUUAAGAAGGACCAGAGUGAAAUUCAUCCACUGCCUUUUGCCCCAACACAAUGCGGGGUGCACAGAAAAUAAAAGUCUUAUUUCCGUCAAGUCGAACCAAAGUGAAGACAAUAUCAUUAACGUUCCUCUUCUUCGGUCACAGAUCCGAGGAAGUCAAAUUGUGGAAGCAGUACGCUUGCACAAAGUCGGAUUUCCAAAGCACAUGCCUCUUGCAGAAUUCCGAAGAAGAUUUGGAUUACUCUCGAGUGAUGCAAACAUCAGGCCAGGAAGUCCUGUUGCUGAUGAACGUCGUGCUGUCGAGGACAUGCUCUUAUCCGUUGACGUCGACCUCGCCUCGUAUCGCGUCGGUCAAAGUCAGAUCUUCUUCAGGGCUGGAGCUCUCGAACGUCUUGAGUCUCAAAGGGACGAGAAGCUAACCGGACACAUCAUACUUCUUCAGGCAAGAUGCAGGGGCUAUCUUGCUCGCAGGAAACUCAAUACUUUGAAGUUACAAGACUUGGCAGUGAGAUGCAUUCAGAGAAAUGUUCGAAAACUGAUGUCUGUUCGAGAAUGGCCAUGGUGGCGACUUUACGUGAAAAUCGCACCACUUUUGAACGUUCAUCGUACGGAAGAUCAGCUGAAGGCAAGACAAGAGGAACUCGACAUCCUAAAGGCGAAGGUUGAGCGCUUGGAGCAAGAAAGAAAUCACCUGAAGCUCGAUAAUGAUAAACUGGAAGCAAAGCUGAGUGAAAUGACAGCAGAUUUUGCAGAAGAGCAUUCCACAUCAACCCUAGCUGCAGAAAGAAUAGAUGCAGAAACAUCAGAACGUCUUCGCCUCGAACAAGAACUCCAGGAUGUCAACGAAGCGAAUAAAAAUCUUCAACAAGCAACCGAACGACUGGAAAUGGAACUUCUUUAUGCCCGGGCAGCUGAUCUGAAUGGCGUCGCUUCUGAUGGUGAAGAUGGAGAAGAUGGUGGUGUUUACAAACAGAGAUACGAACAUGUCAUGCGAGAGUUGGAAUUCUUCAAAAGAAAAAUGGCCCAGCAACACGAAGAUGACCUGGAGCAAUUGGUUGGCCUCAAGAAACAAUUGGAGAAAAAGUUGGCUGAUGCGUACGAGGAAGUCGAAGAGCAACGUCAAGUCGUCGGUCAGUGGAAACGCCGGGUUCAAAAAUUGAAUGGGGAGAUGCACGACCUGAGACUUCUCCUGGAGGAGCAAACUGCGAGGAAUAAUCUUCUCGAGAAGAAGCAGCGCAAGUUCGACUCUGAGACUCAGAAUCUGAUGGACGAUCUCAGACAGGAGAAGGCUCAACGAGAAAGACUCGCGAGGGAGAAGGAAAUUGCGAUAGCUGAGAAAUUCGCUGUUGAACAGAAUUUGAGUGAUGCUCGGUUGGAGAUUGAGUUGAAGGAAGAGAGACUUCACACUUUGACUCAGGAAUUAGAGGAGUUGACGUUUGGAGGUAAAACUGAGGAAGAGGUCGCUCAGUUGAAGAAGGCGAAACACGAGUUGGAGAAGAAGUGCAAGGACCAGGAGGAGGAAUUGGACGAUUUGGCAGGACAGGUGCAGUUGCUGGAGCAGGCCAAACUCAGACUUGAGAUGAGUAUUGAGCAGCAACGAAAGGAGAUGCGAAAAGAAAUGCAGCAGAGGGACGAGGAGCUCGAGGAUGUGAGAGGAAAUGCUCACAAGAAAGUCAAAUCUCUGGAGACUCAGCUGGAGAAUGAACAUGAGGAGCGGACAAUAUUGCUGAGGGAAAAACACGAGUUGGAACGUCGAUUGGUCUGCUUUGAGGAGCAGGAUCGAACCGAGCGCGCCGCUGAAGCUGAAACAACCCAAAGACUGAAGAGGGAUUUGAAGAGGACAAAGGCGCUUCUGCGAGAUGCUCAAACGAUGUUGGAACGUUCAAAGGGCGACUCGACAGGCAAGGCGGCUCUUCGUCAGUUGAAAAAUCAACUGGAGGAUGCAGAAUGUGCGAGAGCAAUUGCAGUAAAAGCCAAACAGGCUCUGGAACAGGACCUAAAUGAGACCCAGGCAGCUUUGGAAGAAGCUUCUCGUCAACGGUCAGAAGCUGAGGACCGCGCGAAUGCUGCUGCGAGAGAAAGGACGGAAUUGCUUUCUCAGUUGGAAGAAAAUGAAGAGGAACUUGCAGAGGUGUUGAAGAAGUACCGCGCAGCAGUGCAGCAGGUUUCUUCCGAGCAGACUCAACUCCAGGAGGCUCAAGUUCAGAUCGUAGCUCUGGAAGCUGAAAAGUCUUCCUUGAAAGAUCAACUGACGGAGCUCAGUCAACGAUUGGAAUCUGUCGAGCAACUUGGAGAUCCUACAGCUAAUAGUCUUGCGACGAGAAGGCUGGAAUUCCGAACGAAAGAGUUGGAGAGCAAACUCGAGCUUGAACAGACGACGAGGGCAAGGCUUGAGGUUCGUAACUCCUCUUUGACCUAA